AUGAACUCCAUCUUGAACAGUACUCUAGAGCCGAGUCUUAGGGGCGGGAAGGAUUGUGAGAAGUGGUUGAUCGAGUUCAGAACAACGAGCGCUUACCACGGCAUCGGGGAUGCUAUUCCAGUCACCGAAGGUCCAAACAUAAUUUCGCGUGGAGCCCACGCUGGCCGGCCGUGUGACAUCGUCGAUACCAUUUCUAGCAGCAUCCGAAAAGCUCGUUUUGUCAAUGUGCAUGAAAAGAGUUACAGGUGGCCGAUCGGACCAUGGCCCAAAGACAAACAGUUAAAGGAGGCUGGCAUGGUCAAUUUCCAACACUGGGUAGCCGGUAUGGAGGGAUGGUGUAUGUGGCUCCUUACGAAGUUUGGCGAGCAAGAGCCGUGGACAAAAGAGGAAGUCCACGUGUGUGUAGCUCAGCUGCGCAGGGAGCUCCAAAAUCCCUAUCACCAUGUUUGGCACAGGGUUCCAGCUUCCGUCAUCUUGACGUCAUGUCAGAUCAACCCCGCGGCCGCGGCGGUCGCGGUCGAGGACCUCGUGGCGGAGUCUUUGGGGACCGCGGUGGUCGCAGAGGACGUGGCCGAGGCCGGGGAGAUUCACAGGGCCACCCCUUUCGCCCUUCUGAUCGUGGGGGCCGAGGUGAUUUCCGUGGAGCCUUCCGCGGUGGCCGGGGUGGUGGUGAUCAUCGCGGCCGUGGAGACUUCCGGGGUCGCGGCCGAGGUGGUGGUCCUCAGGGCCCUCGAAUCUUUAAGUGAGUAUUACUGCUUUCAUGGCCUCUUUCCAAUGAUCUGUCUUUGUAUUUCACGAACAAUCACUCUAACCUCAAAAUCCCGCAGUGAGGGCAAACCUAUUACUCCGCCCGAUGCCACCGUCGUCAAGACAGAAGACGCUGUGGCUAAGGCGCUCGUUGCCAGUCGCCAGAAAAAUGCAAAGAACGCUACGCAGGCAUAUCCCGACCGGCCAGGAUACGGUACUCUCGGUCGGCCUGUUACGCUAUAUGCCAACUAUCUGCCCUUUACCUCUGUGGGAAAACUAAUCUUUCGCUAUCAUGUCUCCAUCGCCGCAGAGGGCGGCCGGGAGCCUGGUGGCAGAAAAGCACGACACAUCGUGCGUCUUCUGCUGGAGGAGCACUAUUGUGCCAACUUGAACAGCAUUGCAACCGACUAUCGCUCAACACUUAUCUCAGUGACUAAGGUUGCUGAAGGCCAGUUCGAUGUGCGCUACAAGGAUGAAAACGAUGAAGAAUAUCCUGAGAACCCGAAGGUGUACAAGGUCACCAUCCAACACACGGGUGACAUUAACCCAGCCGACCUUAUCAACUACCUCACUUCCACCAAUGCAGGGAGCAUGCUGAGCUCCAUGCCCGAGAUUGUUCAGGCUCUGAAUGUCAUUCUGGGUCAUCAUCCGAAGAGCGAGCGCUCGGUAGCCUCCAUCGGCGGAAACAGACAUUUCAGCCUUCAAGAAGGACUCAAGGAGAGUUCCAGUCUCGAGGGUGGUCUAGAGGUGCUUCGCGGCUUCUUUGUUAGUGUGCGAGCUGCCACAGCCCGUGUCCUGCUGAAUGUCCAGGUCAAGUACUUGGCCUGCUACAAAUCAGGGCCCUUAGAAUAUGUGAUUCAAGAGUGGAAGGCUAGCAAUUUUAGGGCCAGUUCCUACAGGAUGGAGGCUUUUCUGAAGCGCAUGCGUGUUUGCAUCACUCACAUCAAGCACAAGGGCAAAAAUGGCAAAGAAAGACCCGCUCGCAUCAAGACCAUAUCCGGUCUGGCAACUCCCCAAGAUGGUAGCUCAGCACCCAACGGGCCAAAGGUGGAGGGCUACGGAGCUGGUCCCUACAGUGUGAAGUUCUUCCUGAAUGCUCCUGGCUCACAGUCUGCACGGCCUAGUGGUGGAGAAGGCAAGGGCAAGAAGGGCAAGAAGGGCCCUCCCAAAGCUGGCCCUCUUCCAGCUGGCCAGUACAUUAGCGUUGCUGAUUUCUUCAGGAAAGAGUACAACAUCACUGUGAAUCCCGACUUCCCUGUUGUUAACGUCGGAACCCGUGACAAACCCGUCUACCUCCCUGUGGAGGUUUGCGAGGUCGAGGCUGGCCAACCUGUGAAAAACAAGCUCUCCCCUAAACAGACACAAAAUAUGCUCAACUUUGCUGUCAAAGGCCGCAUGCCAGCAAAAAAUGCUCAGUCUAUUAUCACGAAAGGUGUGGGGGUAUUGGGAAUCGGUCAGCCACUGAAUGCCACACUCGUAAGUGAACCACUGCCCCGACUGCACUGA